AGCACCAUCGUCGUCGUCGUCUUCUUCUUCUUCUUCUUCCUCCUCUUCAUUCUCUCUCUAAAACCCUACGCUCUCUCUCUCUCUCUCUCUCUUCCUUCUGACCGGAGCAAGGAAGAUGAAACCCAGUUCCCUCUUCCCCUCAAAACCCACCCCGACCUGCACCGCGCUCUCCGUCCUGCCCCUCCUCCUCCUCGCCUUCUACGCCCUCCGCCACCAUGGCCAGCACCAGCAGCACCACGUGAGCUCCCGGAAUGCCGACCACUUCCGCCGCGCCUUCCUCUCCUCCGCCGCCAACGCCACCCUCGCCGCCUACCUCCGCGCCCUCACCCUCCGCCCCCACGUCGCCGGCACCGCGCCCUCCCUCGACGCGGCCCGCCUCGUCCGGGAACACCUCGAGUCCCUCGGCCUCGAGACCCACGUCGCCCGCUUCGCCCCGCUCCUCUCCUACCCCGCCCGCGUCUCCCUCGCCGCCCGCUUCCCCAACGGCACCUCCGUCGACCUCCCGUUGACCGAGCCCGGCCUCGCCCCCGACGCCGUCGUCCCCUACCACGCCUACUCGCCUUCCGGGUCGGCGGCGGGCGCGCGGGCCGUGUUCGUGAACUACGGCCGCGAGGAGGACUACGCCGCGCUCGCCGCGGCCGGGGCGGAGGUCGAGGGGUGCGUCGCGGUGGCGAGGAGGGGGGACCUGUCGAGGGGCGACGUGGUGCGUGCGGCGGCGUCGAAGGGCGUGGCGGCGGUGCUGAUGUACACGGAGGGGGACGCGGCGGGGCUGGGGCGGGCCGCCGGUGGGGUCGAGAGGGGCACGGUGAUGAGGGGCGUCGGGGACCCGCUGAGCCCCGGCUGGGCAGCGCUCGAGGGCGGGGAGGCUUUGGGCUUGGACGACGAGGAGGUGUCGGCGAGGUUCCCGAAGGUACCGUCCCUGCCGGUGUCCGCGGAAUGCGCGGAGAUGAUAUUGGCGUCGCUGGGGGGCCCUCCGGCGCCGCCGGAGUGGACGGAGACGAUGGGGUUUAAGGUCCGGGGGGUGGGGCCCGGCCCGACGGCGUUGAACUUUACUUACCAGGGGGAGAAAAAAGUUGCAACAAUCCAUAAUGUUUUUGCUGUCAUAAGGGGAUUAGAAGAGCCUGAUCGAUACAUUCUGUUAGGCAACCACCGGGAUGCAUGGACAUAUGGAGCCGUCGACCCAAACAGUGGCACUGCAGCCCUACUUGACAUUGCUCGUAGGUAUGCUCUUAUGAUGCAAAGGGGUUGGAAUCCUCGGAGAAGUAUCAUACUCUGUAGCUGGGACGCUGAAGAGUUUGGUAUGAUAGGGUCUACUGAGUGGGUUGAGCAGAAUCUCAUGACCCUGGGUUCAAAAGCCAUAGCCUACCUUAAUGUAGAUUGUGCUGUUCAAGGGCCAGGAUUUUUUGCCCGUGCAACUCCACAGCUAGAUGAGCUCCUCAUUGAGAUCACAAAGAAGGUUAAGGAUCCUGACAAUAAGGAAGCAACUGUUUAUGAGAUGUGGACAAAAGCUAAUGAUGGCAUCGAUAUCCAAAGACUCAGUGGGAUAGAUUCAGAUUAUGCUCCCUUUUUGCAAUACGCAGGAAUUCCUUCUGUUGAUAUGUACUAUGGAAAAGAUUUUCCUGUCUACCACACUGCCUAUGACACGUAUGAUUGGAUGGUGAAUCACGGAGAUCCUUUUUUUCAGCGUCAUGUGGCCGCUGCAGGAGUAUGGGGGCUCUUGGCGCUUCGUCUUGCGGAUGAUCUAAUUUUACCUUUCAAUUACCUCAAUUAUACGAACCAGUUGCGGGGCUAUGUAGAUAUCUUGAAUAACUUACUAGAUGGAAAUAUUUCUGUGCACCCUUUGACCUUGUCAAUCCAAGCACUUGCAUCGGUGGCCAAAGAGGUUGAACUGGAAGCAGAGAAAUUGAGUGCAGAGCAGACGACUGGCGAGCCCGGAGUGUUGAGGAGGCGAGCAUUAAAUGAUCGGCUGAUGCUUGCUGAAAGAGGCUUCUUGGAUGCCGAUGGUCUUCCCUAUGGACAGUGGUUCAAACAUCUCGUUUAUGGACCGAGCGACUACAGAAGCAGGACAUCCUUCUUUCCUGGAAUAGCAGAAGCCAUUUGGAGAUCAGCGCGAAUGAGAAGCGGGGAAGGGCAAGCCUCGAUUCAACAUGAGAUAUGGAGAGUGGCUAGAGCCAUUCAGAGGGUUGCCGAUGUUCUGGGAGGUCGACCCUUGUAAAGAAAAUUUAUAUCACACGCAGAGCACAAGAUCGACUCUCAUGCCUGUACACAUGCAGUUAAGAUGUGAUGAGAAGAAACUCAAGGAAAAGGGCAGUCUCUGUCUCACGUAAUAUGUGCUCCUAUGUAGAAAUUUUCGGAUCUCUGACAUAUACAAUAGCUGCCAUUACUCAUGAAUGAAAGUACAUUUUGCGUCCUUGUAGUGUUUAGGUGUUACAGUUUUGAUCCUUGCUUGUUCUGCACAAAUUGACUUCUUGUAUUAUAUGCAGCUCACAGAUUAAGUCGUUGUCUUACCAUAUUUCUGUUCGAAAUCUAAUGGGAAUUCCCAAGUGCCUAUGUGCACAAGUUCAGGGAAUUGUAUUUCAGCCUUCCUGCUUUA